GAACGUGCUGGGUGGAGGAGGAAAAAGGGCCUCAAGAAAGGGGUGUGUCAAGCGAAUGAAAACGGCUGUGUGUGCCUGAGAGCGUGGGGCUUAGGGAGCACGGGGACCCGUGGGCCAACCUGGCGGUCCGUCGUUCCUUCCGUGAAGGCCCUGCGAAUUCCUGCUCGUUGUGUAGCCCUGUGGUAGGCACGGAUCCACCAGACCUGGAGGACUUUAGCCUCCAGGAGCCACAGGGAUUUCAAGAAAUGGAAAGGCUGCCCGUGGCAAAUGAAGAUAAAACAAUGUCUGCCAACCUAAAAUACCUAUCCUUGGGAAUUUUGGCCUUUCAGACUACCAGUUUGGUUCUAACAAUGCGUUAUUCUAGGACUUUGAAAGAGGAGGGACCUCGUUAUCUGUCUUCUACUGCAGUGGUUGUAGCUGAACUUUUGAAGAUAAUGGCCUGCAUUUUACUAGUCUACAAAGACAGCAAAUAUAGCCCAAGAGCGCUGAAUCGAGUACUACAUGAUGAAAUUCUUAAUAAACCUAUGGAAACACUUAAACUUGCUAUUCCAUCAGGAAUAUAUACUCUUCAGAAUAAUUUACUCUACGUGGCACUGUCAAAUCUAGAUGCAGCUACUUAUCAGGUCACAUAUCAGUUGAAAAUUCUUACAACGGCAUUAUUUUCUGUGUCUAUGCUUAGUAAAAAAUUAGGUGUGUACCAGUGGCUCUCCCUAGUAAUUUUGAUGACAGGAGUUGCUUUUGUACAGUGGCCUUCAGAUUCUCAAGAACUUAAUUCUAAGGAGCUUUCGGCUGGCUCUCAAUUUGUAGGCCUCAUGGCAGUUCUCAUAGCAUGUUUUUCAAGUGGCUUUGCUGGAGUUUACUUUGAGAAAAUCUUAAAAGAGACAAAACAAUCAGUGUGGAUAAGAAACAUUCAGCUUGGUUUCUUUGGGAGUAUAUUUGGAUUAAUGGGUGUAUACAUUUAUGAUGGUGAAUUGGUAUCAAAGAAUGGAUUUUUUCAGGGAUAUAACCGACUGACCUGGAUAGUUGUUGUUCUUCAGGCACUCGGAGGCCUUGUAAUAGCUGCUGUUAUUAAGUAUGCAGAUAAUAUUUUAAAAGGAUUUGCAACCUCUUUGUCCAUAAUAUUAUCAACACUGAUAUCCUAUUUUUGGUUACAAGAUUUUGUGCCUACCAGUGUCUUUUUCCUUGGAGCCAUCCUUGUAAUAAUAGCUACUUUCCUAUAUGGUUACAAUCCCAAACCUGCAGGAAAUCCUACUAAAGCAUAGCUGUAUACUGUCUGUCACUAUAUUUUUCAAGAUGGUGCACCAGGAAUUUCGACGUUAAUCUUGCACAGAGGACUUCCACAGAUUCUGUGAAGAUAUCAUCAUGCUGAAUCUGAUCAUACUCAAAUGGUUUGAAAAUAUUAAAGUUUAAAGAUAAAAUAUGUGUAUAUGUAACAGAAUGCCUAUUAUAUCUAGAAAUCGAAACUUGAAAGUAUUUCCAGGGAUUAGAAUCAUUAUUGGAAGAAGCUUGAAAUCUGUUUAAAAAGAUUCUACCCUUCUGAUUGCUGCAGAAAAGCCCUAUGCACUCUUUGCGAGAGCACACAACAAAUAUCAGAUACCAAUUUUUAUAAAUCAGAUCUAUUUAAUCUUAAUUGUUUUUUUUAUCUCUUUCUGUACAGAUGUAUCAAAUCACAUGGAAUAUUAAGUUUGAAAAUUUUAAUUAUUAUUACCUACAAAGCUGUGAAGAAAUAGACGUAUGAUUUGAAAAAACAUUUUCACAUAGCUGAGAUUUUUAUAUUUAUACAAAGGAUUACUUAAAGGAUUGCUAAAUGUUAUUUGUUAAACUACAUAAAAAUUAAUGAAGUAACAUUCUGUGUCUGACUUGUCAGAGAAUAAAAUUCAUUUUUAAAAUUAAUGUAGAGAGGUUCACACAUCUAUUUCUCCAUAUACAUUUUGAGACCUUCUAAUGCUUCAGAACUGCUGAAAGCAGUCCAGAUACUCCAAUGCUAGGUAGUAGCCAGUGACUUUUAUACUAAUGGAGUUUUGCUCUUAAUCUUCUAAUUACAUUUCUUUUCUGUAAAUCAGAUAAAUCCUUAAUAUUACUUUAAAUUUUCAUGUGUAUUAAUUUCCAUUAAAGUUUUAUGAUGUAAUUUAAAGGGAUUAGAUAUUUAGUAAUUUUAAAAUAAAAUAAUUAUUGUGUUAUAUAAUCUCUCCAUCUGGAGAAUUUUGAACUGUUAAGCAUAUACUGUACACAACUAGAAAGUUUUUAAAUGACUAUUUUACUGAUUGAUCUGUAAAAACUUUUUUUUUAAAUCAACAACCCUUAGCAACAACAAUGAAAAAAAUACUAUAGAUGUCAGUGAAUUGAGACCAAAUGAUAUUUCUUGGAGACAUUCCAUAUUGCCAUGGUAUUACAUUAUUUAAAAUGGCACUGUAAAUUCAAGGCUCCCUAGAAGAACUUUUAAGCCAUCCUAAAAACCCAGAGGAAACCCUGGUGGCAUAGUGGUUAAGAGCUACAGCUGCUAACCGAAAGGUUGGCAGUUCGAAUCCACCAGGUGCUCCUUAGAAACUGUAUGGGGCAGUUCUACUCCGUCCUGUAGGGUCGCUAUGAGUCGGAAUCAGCUUGACAGCAAUGGGUUUGUUUUUAUAAACCCAGAGGAGCUCUGGUGGCACAGUGGUUAAGAGCUUAGUUGAUAAUCAACAAAGUUCAGCUGCUCCUUUGAAACCCUAUGGUGUAGUUCUACUCUGUCCUACAGAGUCCCUGUGAAUCGAAAUCAACUCGAUGGCAACAGGUUUGGUUUGGUAUAAACCCACUGCUACCAGGAGUGCCCUGAUUGAUGACUGGGAGAGGCAACAAAAUCUGAGUUCCCUUUCUGUGGCCCCAGGAGAGCUGCUGGAAAGGAGCCAUGACUUUGCUUUAAAACAGUGGUUUCUUUUAAGCAUUUUGAUUAACACUGGAGUUAAGGUUAUAAAUUACGUGAGUUUUUUAAUAAGUUGGUUCAGGGGAGAGGAAAUUUAUAAGAAAUGGUAAGAUGAUUUGAUGGGCAAAAAUGCUUCUAAAAUUGGAAUAUGGGUUUAAUAUAAUUAUUGACUAUAGGUAGAAUUACCUACUGAGAAUAAGAAUUAUUUUAUUUUUUUCAUUCAUACUGUAUAUAUUUUUUAAAGUUUCCUGUCCUAAUAGUUAUUAUAACUGUUAAAAAAAAAACAAACUAUUUUUAUAUAGUUCUAAUGGAUUUUGUUAAACAGAACUUGACUCAAAAAUCUUACAUGUUACAAACUGUUCGGCACUCUUGGCUAAUUAGGAUUGGCUUUGUUACCUUGUUGAUGAGAAUUUAGUCUACAGGACAGAGACCUAAUCUAUUCCAUUUAGACUUUUCAAAGUAUUUAAAUCAGUUUGCUGGUGAUUACAGAUUGGCACAGAGCAAAUUUUCUGAAUGCUUUCUGGACUCAGUGAUUUUCGGUGUCCACCAUGUAUUUGUUUAAACAGUUUACCACAUUUAAGCAUGAUGUUUUUAGACUGCAAUAGCAUUAUAUCUUAUUAUUCAAUGCUAAAUGAAAUCUUCAUCCUACAAAUGCACAGAAUUAAGACUAAUAUAAAGAUUUAUACUCAGCCACAUUGAAGUACUGGUUUGGUGCUUAUGUAUUAAUUCACUGUGCAUUCAUAAUUAUUAAUUCAGGUUUAGUCUUCCCCUAUUUUAAUACUUCAAAAAAAAGAUACAAUUAUUGAAUAUUAGAUGUUAGUUAUAGUGAUAAAUAAUAUGUUUUCAGGUGUCCGAAAUAAAAUUUUCAAGAUUUCCACCAAAGCUUAGAAAAAUGUAGUCAAAAGCUGUGAAAAAGAAUAAAACACUCUAAAGUAUAUUUUCAAAGCAAACAUUUAUAAGACAGGCAUAAUUUAUAUUUUGUUUUUCUAGGAGAUUCGAAAAUGUAUAAUAUUAAGAGAUUAGGCUGUAUAGUUCAUAAUUUUUAAUUCAUAAGAAAUAACUAUUUGGGGAGGUGGGCCUAUGGCCUAUAUCAUGUCACAGAGUUGAUGCCAUUUUCUUGUGUGUGUGGUAUAUGUUUUAAUGACCUAUUCAACUUCCAAAGGCCUUAUCAUAUCAAUCUUUGAUGAUGAUGACUCCUUGACUAUUUAAAUUCUUAUACUUUUUGGAAAUUUAUUUGUUAUCCCUCAACUACUUUGUUCAUUGUGAAAAUGUGCUACUGCAUGGGAAAAGAGUAUCAAUGAUAAUCCUAUUAAAAAUUAAAAAUAUGGUAUUUGGAACAAAAAGUUUGAAAUAUAACAAUUAAAUAUUUUGACUCAGUAAUAUUAUUAAAUCUUUUAUAAUAAGUGCAUUUAGAGAGAAGUCAGACUACUUUUAUGGUAGAAAAUGUAGCUUGUAGAUGCAAAACUUAAAUGCCUACGUAAAUUUAUUUUGAAAUGUCAUAGAAUUUCACAGAAGGAAAAGUAGUUUGGUAUUUAAACUAGAUUCUGAGGUAGAAUCUGACAGGAAAUUUUAAUUGACUUUGCUCCGUAUACUUAGUGAAUUCUGACUUGUUAAAAAUUGAUACUUUUCCUACAUAUCAAAUUAUUCAACUUUUAAAAUGUCAUUGUAUAGUCAUUUAACUGAGUUUUUUUUUUUUUUAAAACAAGGUUUAGCAUUACUCAUUUUAUUUACACUGUCAUUGUGAUACUAUUUAAUUACAUAUGGAUGUAUGCAUUACAUAUUUAUAAAAGUUAUUUGCUAUACUGAAAAAUCAUCGGGACAAUCUCCAGCAUAUGUAUCAUACUUUAAAUAAUAGGACCAAAGAAGAAGCACCUUUAUCCAAAUCUGGUCCUGUGUGCCUUGCUUUGCUAGAGGCUGUUACUGAAAUUCACAACUUUGGGCACAUGGGCAAAAAUUAGAAAAUUUUAAGAAUAGCUAUAAUUCAGUUUUUUGGUUAUUUCAACAUUUGCUCUUUAAAUCAUUACCCAACGUAAAAUUAAAACAGAUAUAUUAUACAAGCAUUAGUGAACUAUUUAUUUAAAUAAAGAGGCACCAAUGCCCUAUCUAGAUUUUUGAAACUUUGACAGUUGUAAACAGCUAUCAUUUUGUCCUUUGGUUUCUUCUUAUAAAAAUAUAAUUUAUGGUGAUUUUUUAAUAUUUAAAAAAUGUUUUGGAUCUUGAAUUUGUGUAUUUCAUUUGUUUAGAAAGAUUCUUUUGGGCUUCAGAAUGUGAUUUAUGUUUUUAAACUUUUUGUGGGCAUAAUUGAAAGGAAAACUGGUCUUUUGUUAAAUGACUUUUUAAUUGAUAAAUUUCUCGUCAUUUUUUAAAUAUUCAUUUAUUAUCUGAUAUAUUGAAAUAGAUUAUUUUUAUACUUAACUGUAGACUUCUUCCUAUAUUUCCUUGUUUCCCUAUUAGAAUGUGUCUGAUCUCACUCAUGAAUUCAUCUGCUCUCCUUAUAUACAUAUAAAAAAUGAAUCACUGAUCUUUUUCCUACCUCUCUAGUUAUCUUUACCACAUGUAAUCAUUCUUUUUUCUAGCCUCUGCUCUGGCAUGAAAGAUUAAGUGUCAUUUAGCUAGUUAGAACUUCUCUAUGUGCAUGAUAGUAACAGCCUAAAAAGUUCUCUUUUUUGAAUAAACUAUCUCUUUGCUAGCUUCAAGUUUCCUGGGUGGCGCAAAUGGUUAAGCGCUGGACUACUAACCGGCAGGUUGGCAGUUGGAACCUACCCACAGGCACCUUGGAAUACAGGCCUGGUGAUCUGUUUCCAAAAGGUCACAGCCUUCAAAACCCUAUGAAGCAGUUCUACUCUGCACAGAUGGGGUCGCCAUGAGUCAGAAUCAACUUGACAGCAACUACAACAAGAAGCUUCAAGGUUAAGUAAUUAGAGUAAUUUGGUAUAUGUUUUCUUUAUAAUUCAAAUAUAUUUGCUUCUAUUGUGACUAUUAAUUCAAUGCAUAGAGAGCAAAUGUGAGAAACAACAUAAAGGAUUUUAUUGGCAGUGAGUGGGUGGGGUUAUUCCCAUCUCUACUACUUAAGCAUCGUCGUACAAAAUGCUUUGUCUUAAAAGAUCACUAAAAUAAUCUGUAUUUUAAAAAAAUGUAUAAUUUUCUUUGGUUACUUCUCAUGAAAAGCACUAACUGAAAAUUUUAAUGUUAUUUUUUGUAUUACUAUAUUUUUUACACAAGUAAGGUGUACCUUCUACAUUUGUUUGCUGGCUGCACCCUCCCUCUGCAAGGCAUCCUUACAAGCACCACCCUGCCAAUCCUCUUCUAAAUGUUGCUGUAAAAAAAUGAGCAUAGCGUACUUAGGAAAAUGCCUUACUGGGGGAGGGCCCAGGCAGCAAACAAACACAGAAGGCACAUGUUGUUUGUGUAAAAUACACUAAAUUAUUUUGUUAAAAUAUAUCCUAGAAUCCCAGUGCUGUGCAAAUGUACUUUACAAUCUAAAUUGUAUAGAUACUAUUGCAUUGCAACAGAGUCAAAGAUAGUGACUAGCGUUAGUUACUGUUCUUAAAAAGAAAAUUCUUUCCAAGCAGGACUAGAUAGUCCAGAAAAAAUAAGACCAAAAAACCCAAACCCAUUGCCAUCAAGUCAAUUCCGACUCAUAACAACCCUAUAGGAUAGAGUAGAACUGCCCCAUAGGGUUUCCAAGGAACAGCUGAUGGACUCAAACUGCUGACCUUUUAGUUAGCAGCCGUAGCUCUUAACCACUGAGCCACCAGGUUUCCAGAGUAGAGAGUAGUAACUUCUUUAAAACAAAUAACAUGGUAUUCCUUCGGAAAUAAAGAGAGUUUUACCCAAGAUGUAUAGCAAGCAGGAAAUAGCUUGCCUUCAAAUCCCAAAGAAUCGAAUUUAUACUAGUAAAGAGUGUCUUGUUGACCAUUCCUCUCUCUGUAUAUACAUUCUUCUGAACCAAUAGCACAAGCAAUGAUAAUUUUUGUUUAUAGUGACUUUUAAUUUACAUGUUAUUUUUAAUUUAAAAAAUUCUGUCCAAUCUGAACACAACAUGAAUCUCGGGUAGCGAAACAUGUUUAUAAUCAGUUAUUGUGCUAAGUGGCCUAUAUAGUAGCAGUAUUUAUUUUUUAGUUCUGGUGUUUAAUGACAACUUAUUAAAUAGCUGAAAUAUUUUAAAGAACAAUAAAUAUUUUUAGAAAUUGGUUUGUAAACCUUUUAUCUAUAUUGUAUAUAGAUAUGCAAUUUUGAGAUAAUUUUAUAUCAGUCAUUAACCAUAACUGAUAAGAAAACGUUACUUUGGCUCAUAGGGCCUCAUUUGGCUCCACAGUUCCAGUCAUCCUUUACUAGGGUUAAGUAUCAGCCCUUCACUGGAGCAAAGGAUCAAUUGUUUAUCAUUUAUGUGUUUAUUUUCUUAUAGGAUUUCUAAAAUGUUAAAAAUAAUAACUUCUUUAAAACAAAUAACAUGGUAUUCCUUUGGAAAUGUAAAGAGUUUACCCAAGAUAUAUAACUUCUUGCUUUUUUAAGUAAAACUCAUUGAUGGUAUAAGAGUAAUGAAUGUUAUUAUAGCAUUUUGGGGUAAAAUUUUGGGGUAAUCAUCUAAAAAUGCACUCUUGCUAAAAAUUACUUUAAAUGUGCUUAAGAAGUUUAGUUAAAUGUGAUAAAUCAGAUUUCACAUGUGUACUUUAACAAAAUCUGUGAGCGUGUGUGUGUGUGUGUGUGUACUUCAUUAAAAGACAGCGUAUGUACAAACAUGAUUCCUACCUGGGUAGGGUAAUAUUUCUUGAGUGACUGAUAGGAUUACAGAAAAUCAUGACAGAGGUAAGCCCAUAUUUCCUUUUUAUAACUUUAAUUAUUAUGACUAUGAAUUCUAGAAUUUUAAACUGCAGCUAACUUUACAAGUUAUAUGCAUAAUGCUGUAAAUUUCCAUUACUUCAUAUUAUUUGUCUCCAUUUACCUAAUAGUCCAGGUUUAUGUUUUGAAUAUUUUGUUUAUAUAAUAUGGUUGUUGUUGUUAGCUGUUGUCGAGUUGACUGCAACUCGUUCCCUGGUCCUGUGUCAUCCCCACAAUUACCAGCAUGUUCAAGUUUUUUUUUUUUUUUCAAGUCCAUCUUAGUGACUAUAGUGCCAAUCCAUCUCACUGAAGGUCUCCCACAUACUCGUUAGCCCUCUACUUCACCAAACAUGAUGAUCCCCCUACUGAUGACGAGUCCAAAGCAAGCAAGUCAGAUAUUGUUCUGUUGUGAUCAAUAAGGAUUUCACUGGCUAGUUUUUGGAAGUAGAUGGCCAAACCUUUCUUCCUAGUCUGUCUUAGUCUAGAAGCUCUGCUGAAACCUGUCCACCAUGGGUGACCCUGCUGGUAUUUGAAAUUCUUGUGGCAUAAGUUCUAGCAUCAUAGCAACACCCAAGCUACCACAGUACAACAAAUUGACGUGCAGGUGGUGGUUUAUAAUGAUACUGCCAUUUUAAUGACCUCAAUCCUGCCAGAACAAAUUGUGCUAUCUUAGCUUUGAAAAAUUCAUGGGUGAUCUCCAUGAGUUCACAAAGGUAGCACUAUUAGAGAACAAACAUUUUUUAAUUUAAAUUCUCUCCCACUUUUAAUUAAAAAAAAAAAAUCAAA